ACGCCUACCUCGACAGCUCUGAUUUGCUGUAUUAAAAUAUUUCUUUCAUCACGAAAGUUAAAAAUAUAUACAGACAUAACAUAAAUAUAUUUUUCUAUUGUUGUUAUCCUUUUAUAAAAGAGAAAGUAAUUGGCGACGAGAGUUGAAGAGUUGGUGAUUGCAGUGACAAGGGGGGGUAAUGCAAGCUGACUUGCUGCUGGUCAGUGCUCGUUAAUUAACAAAAUGGCUACCGCCGAACUGGUACAAUUAAUAGAGGAGGAAAUUCCGGAGGGCAAACAGCACCUCCAGGAAAGUUAUACCAACCUCAACAGAGUUGCAGAAUAUUGCGAAGGAAAUUAUCAUCAAUCCGAUGACAAAGUUAAAGCUCUUGAAGAAACCAAAAACUACACAACUCACUCCCUUGCCAGUGUAGCCUACCAAAUCAACAAUUUAGCUGCCAGCUUUUUGAAACUAAUGGACCUGCAACAGGGCCAACUUGUUGAGAUGGAGUCAAACGUUAACCAUCUAGCACAGAUGGUUAUGAUACACAAAGAAAAAGUUGCUCGGAGGGAAAUUGGUGUUCUGACUGCAAACCGCAACGCUACUCGUCCGCCCGGUGUAAAGAAUGGAAUCAUAUUUCCAGAGCAAGUAGAACGUCCUAUGAAAUAUAUUGCCAAACCUAUAGACUAUGGUACUUUAGAUGACAUUGGACAUGGCAUGAAGGUGCAGACUUUGAAUCCACGGUCAGGUCGUAGUGCUUCUAUGAGCAGUGGGACUUCCACUCAAGCCCCUACAUCCAAACCACCAACCCCACCAACAGUCCGUGCAUGUGGUACGCUAGGUCGGUCACAGGGUGCUUCCCACUACCGUACUCCAGCCCCGCCGGUGGCGCCUCCGUCUGUGCCCUCCCAUUAUGCUCCCAACUAUGCUAUGCAAGGUGGUGGGGGAGGUGGAGGCCGUGGAAGUGGUGGAGGCCGUGGCGGAAGAGAUGGGAGUGGGUAUGCAGCCACAUCUGCUGUCAUGAGUGGUGGUCAGGGUCAAACGGCUCCACCUGUGGGUAUGACACGGCCAAUGCCAACUCCCCAAACAGCAAGUGGUGGUCACACCCCUUCUUCUCCCAACAUGGCACAAGGAAUUCACAUACCCCCUCAAAUGCUGCCUCAGGGAGCAAUAGACCUGCCACCACCACCACCACCAAAUUUAGAAGAUGACGUAGUAUUUGAAGUAUCUCCACCUUUGCCUCCUCCUCCAAAUCUUGGCCAGCAAUCACAGAUAUCAAGCAGUCCAGCUGUACCACAACAAUUUGAUUAUCCACAAGGUGGAGUUCCUCCACCACCACCAGAGUUCAGUGAUGCUCUAGAUGAUGAUCAACCACUGCCAAUGCCUGAAGAGGAUCCGUAUGCUGCUACUGGACCAGAUCUCACUGAACCUCAAUGGAUGCCAAAGAAAUUCCUCGAGAAAGUGGUGGCUAUUUAUGAUUAUCAAGCAGACAAAGCUGAUGAAUUAACGUUCACUGAAAAUGCUGUGAUUUAUGUAAUAAAGAAAAAUGAUGAUGGUUGGUGGGAAGGUGUAAUGGAUGGUGUAACUGGAUUAUUUCCUGGAAAUUAUGUCGAACCUUGUAUCUAAGUAUCUGAGAACAUUACAGCUGUCUCUUUUAUUCUCUUCUCUUUAUUAAAACAAUAAAUAAAGCAAAAAAAAUCCUACAUCUUUUAAAUUCCAGCCACCCACCCUUAAUUGUAUGCCAUGAUGCAUGCAAAUUUUUUCUUUUCCCCCAGAAUCUUGCUCAAAUAAUGAGUAUCAAGGUAGAAAUAUUUGCUGUGCCUGUUUAUAGAAUACAAAAAUACACAUUUGCAUACAUUUCUCUCUUCACUCUUUCCCUUCUGCUUUCAACCAUUCUUGAAAUUGGAUAUUUUAAAAUUUAAGAGACAGAAAAUAAAACUAUAAAAAACAGUUUGGCAUCAAUAUGAUUUUGGUGCUUUAUGAACAUGCUUUGUAUUUUUCUAUGAACUUCACAAAGAAAAAUACUCCCAACGUUAACUUGUAUUUAAACAAUAAUGAAAUUAUGUACGAAAAGAAGCCAGCUACGUUUAAAAAACUGAAACAUAACAUUGUUCACUAGUGAUGAGAGCUGGUUUUCUCACAGUAUGUACAAAUGUAUAUCAAUGUAAGCGUGCAAGUGAAUCACAAAGUGUUAUGUUUUGUAUAUUUUGUUUUAUACAUGUAUACAUAUUUCUAUACAUAUACUUUCUUAAAAAUAUGUAUUUAAAUAUGCAGAUAGAUGCAUUUCUAUGCACAGUUGUAAUUGUGUAUGUGUAUACACACGCACAUAUACACACACACAGACACAUCAAGUCUCUUAGAAAUAGCUUUUUACCUUUUAAUUUGAUUAUACUUUUCUUUUUGACCCUGAAACUGCUUUUCAUAAUUGUUUACUUUAUCUUAAACAAACACGUCUCGAUUAUUGAAAGUUCUUUUUCUUUUUUUCUUUCAAUAUUUUGUUUGUUAAUCAUUAUCUCAAUGAUUUAUUUUACACCUGCUAUGUACUGUACUUUUAAAUGAGGACAUUAUAUUGUCAUGAAAAUUAAUAUAUGUAUCUAUAAGAUAUAUAGGUCUUAUACUACUACUACUAUACAUUAACUUAUUACAUCAAGAACAAAAAAAAGUUUUCAAAAUUUCUUUUACCAGUGAAAUGGUUUGUUUCCUUUGAUUGUCUACCCUUUAAAUUGUGUAAACUGCUUUUAAGAACUUAAAACAGGAGUAGGUGUUACAAAGUAACUAUCCCUUAUAAGGUAGUGUUAAUCCUCUUUAUUUCCUCCUUUAACCUAAACUGCUUGUUUAACCCUUUUGUUACCAUAUUUUCAUUGAAAUACACUGCUUUUGUUUCAAUUAAUUUAACAUAAUGGAGAAUUUAUUCAGUAAAAUAACUUUGUCAUUAUUAAGCUUAAGCUUGGAACAUAAAUUAUCUUGAAAUUUUGAUGCAAGAUUUUAAUUUAGACGACUUUAAAAUAAGAAGUUUUUAGCGUAUAACCUGGGGUGGUCUCUGGUGUUUUGGUAUCAAAAGGGUUAAAAAUAAAAUUGAAUCUCAUUGCAGGAAUUUACAUUUUACUUUUCUAUAUUUUUUUCAUUCGUGUCAUUUGAAAAAAAUCAGAAAUAAUUGAAGAAGUUGCUACUGAAAGAAGAUAAGUCCUGAAUAGUUUCUUUUUCAAAAACAUUAUCUAAAGCUAACAGUUGUUCAACUUAGCCAGUAUUAAUACAUUUACAUUUCUUCCAUCAUGACUUCAUUUUUGCCCCCUCCCCCACAGUUUUUUUUUUUGUUUUUGUUAAUCCUACAAAUAACUAGUUUUUGUAACAAUGGUCAGAAACUGUUAAAAACGCGAUAUGUUUUUACAUACAUAUUCCUUUACAUUUUUUUUAUUUUGUGUUCAAAAUAUGUGUAAUUGGACAUUUUUUUUUACCAAAGAAAUUAUCUCCUUUAUAAUUUUUUUCUUCUCCAGUUGUAUCCAAUUGUUUUUUUAUCCUAAUUAAAAAUAUCUGUUUCUUCCCAAACUUCUGGAGAACUGAGUCAGUGAUCUGGUUUUAUAAUUCCCAGUUGUAGAGCCACUCAUCAUUUCAGUCACUUUUACCUACUAGUCUCAAUUACGCAUGGCAUUGUACCCAUGUAAAAGUUCUUUUUUUUUUUAUGUUGCUUUAAAUAAUCUAGUCUCAUCUGUAAUCAGUCUUUGUUUAUUUUUAUUUAUUUUAAAAUACUUUGUUCAGUUAUGGAGAUGAGUCUGCUUUAAAAAUACAUGACAUUGUAUUGGGACCAAGAAUCAAUAUAGACAUUCUUUCUCCCUUUAAUAAAAUGAGCUCUCUAAAUACUUGA